CGACUCGCUGGUCACAAGGACAUGUUUGAGCCAGUAAUGUUACACAGCAACAAUAAUCUGACGUGUAACGUUUCUUGAUAUUUCGGUCCGAUUUCGACAUAUUUUUGCAAUAAUGACAACUUACUUCAGAGAAAAAGUACAUAACUGAGAAAUUAAGAAAAUGUGUAAAAAUAAUUUAUUCUAGUACAUAUUAUACAAAUUGUUACUUGUACUGUUGUAGUGCUACUAUUUUUAGGCCUAUCACAUCAUGAACUUUUUGAAGUUGAAUUGUAUGAGUGUAUCUGAAGACGAGUUACGAACUUGCACGUGUCGCUAAACUAGUACUAUUUCAGCUUCAAGUUUGCUGUUUGUACUAGUUAAGUCUGAAUUUAUAUUGGACUUGGAGUGGCUGGACCCAAAAGUUGAAAAAUUCAGUGUUCCUGCAACAUUCACAUUGUACAGAGCAAUUCCAAGUAGGAACUAUUCAACAAACGUUAUUGAAACAAUACAGCAGAGACCAGAAAAAUAUUAAUAAAUCUUCGGACUGUGCCCAGACCACUCUCAAGAUGGAAUUUGAUGAUUACGAGAUCUUACCUUCCAAUAAUGCAGCGAUUCACAUGAUGGCAGGAGCUGCAGCUGGAAUUAUGGAGCACUGCAUUAUUUAUCCAUUAGACUCGGUGAAGACGAGGAUGCAGAGCCUUCAACCAAACCCUAAGGCAACCUACCACUCAUUGACAGACGGUUUGUGCAAAAUGGUCAGGUAUGAGGGAGUUUUUCGUCCUGUUCGAGGAAUGACUGCCGUAGUUUGUGGAGCAGGGCCUGCUCAUGCUCUGUACUUUUCUUGUUAUGAAAAAAUGAAGCGGGUUUUCAGUGGUACAGAAACUGGAGCCCAUAGUCCAAUUUCUCAAGGAGCUGCUGGUUGCUUAGCAACAUUGGUACAUGAUGCAGUAAUGACUCCAACAGAUGUUAUCAAGCAACGAAUGCAGAUGUUCUCUAGCCCAUACAGAAACACCGUUGACUGUAUGAGAAGAAUAUGGCAGAGAGAAGGUGUGUGGGCGUUCUACCGUAGUUACUCCACUCAGUUGACCAUGAACAUCCCAUUCCAAAGUAUCCACUUCAUGACGUACGAGUUCAUGCAAGACGUAACAAAUGAAAAACGGACGUACAAUCCCAAGGCUCACGUAGUGUCGGGGGCAGUUGCUGGAGCCUUUGCCGCCGCCAUCACCACCCCACUGGACGUGUGUAAGACUUUACUAAACACUCAAGAACGGGAAACUCUUCACGUGAUAAAAAAAUCCCACGUUAACGGCUUGUUUAAUGCGGCAAUGACCGUGUAUAAGUUCAAAGGUUUGAAAGGCUAUUUUCAAGGCUUACAGGCACGGGUAGUUUCACAAGUGCCCUCAACGGCAGUGGCAUGGUCAGUUUAUGAGUUUUUCAAAUAUGUGCUUCAAAGUAAACACGCUCUAACAGACCAAACUGUUGAUCACUCAAAUCCAACACCAUCGCAAGAAGAUCUCUUACCUACAUCUACAGGUGCUAUCGGUGCAGCUCCAACACCCCUGUGAAAGGUUACUGAAGUCAAGAGAAGCAGAAUGUCUAAGAGUGCAUCUAGAAAUUUUUGAAACAUCUUACAAAAACACUUCUGUUUGCCCAAUAGUAUUUUCUUUCAAAUUCAAUAAUGUUUUUUUUUUUUGACAUGAAAACAGCAUACAGCUUGUGAAAAGUCUAUUUUUCAAACAUACAAAAUUCUAAUUGUCCCUCCAAUUUCUUUUGUUGUGAUAUAGAGUACUGACCUUAAAAACUGGAUGCUAUUACCUUACCAAGAUUUUAACUUUAUAAAACUGAAUGUGUGCCUUUCAUGAUUGUCUGCCAAAACAGUAAAAGUAAGGCUUUUUUUACUGUUGUGAAGCUUGCUGGAUAACAUAAACCAAAUAGUAAAACCAAGACUGUUACAGUUGUACAACUUGCUAGAUAACAUCAACCAAACAGUAAAACCAAGACUUUUACAGUUGUACAACUUGCUAGAUAACACCAACCAAACAGUAAAACCAAGACUGUUACACUUAUACAACUUGCUAGAUAACACCAACCAAACAGUAAAAUCAAGACAGUUACAGUUGAACAACUUGCUAGAUAACACCAACCAAACAGUAAAAUCAAGACUGUUACAGUUGUACAACUUGCUAGAUAACAUCAGCCAUUUUACUGUUGUAAAUAAUCGUGUUAUCAGUAGACCAAAUUUUUGUUUCUUGUAAAAAAAAUAGGCUUCAUUAAUACUGUGAAGCCUUAAAAAAUAAUAUUAGCUGUACAGAAUGUGGAUAAUGAGCAAUAAUAAACAAAGCUAAUUUUUUUAAUUAUGAUUAUCUUUUACAGAGCUACAUAAAUUACUUUGAUAGUACGUAAUAAAACCUGGAAUUUUCCUUUAUUGGCAAACAUUAACGGCUACUUUUCCACACUGUGAAACUCCCCAGCUUUUCCCAUAGAAACCACCAUUUUGUCGACAUGGUGGUCAUAAACUAUGUCAAUUGACUCACAGGAUUGUUUUCAGUCAUUCCCAAGAACUGAAAUUAUUUGGGUUACUCAAAAGAAUAACUUAAAUUUAUUUAUUAGUUACACUAUAAAGUUUCUAUAAGCCAACGGUGUUCAUUAGUAGAAAUUUUUUGUUCCUUAACAGAACAACAUUCCUCUAUUUUAAAAAAAAAAAAAGUCAUACGUUAUCACGGAAAUAAAAUUAGCCUAUAAGAGAAAUAUUCAGUGUUUUUUUGAAAUUUAUCUCAAGUGUUA